AACCGGAUGACGCCCAGUCACUCGUCCGAUACCUCACAUACAGUAACCAGUUCCAGACGGAGGGCAUCGUGGCCACGACAUCAACCUGGAUGAAGAACGAAACUGACCCAGAGGCCAUGUACGACAUCAUCGAUGCAUAUGAGAAGGUCGUCGACAAUCUGAAUCACCAUGCGCCAGCGGAUUCCCAGUACCCAUCUGCAGAACAUAUGCGGAGUCUAGUCCGUGCAGGGUCUCCGGUAUAUCCCCUAAGGUUCUCAUGACCCCACUUCACAUCUACUAACAGUACCAACAGCUCUUCGGUAUGGCCGCCCUAGCCCCCAACGUCACCUUCAGCGCCGGGGCCGAACUCCUCCUCGACCGCAUUCAAGCCACAACAAACAGCAGCUCCCCUCUCUGGGUCCUCGCCUGGGGCGGCACCAACGUCCUCGCGCAAGCCCUCGUCAAACUCCACAAGGACAACUCCCCAGAAAAAGCUGCCGCCCUCCGACAGAACCUCCGCAUCUACACCAUCUCCGACCAGGACGACACAGGCGCCUGGCUGCGCCAACAGUGGCCAGACCUGUUUUGGAUCAACUCCAUCCACGGCUGGAACCAGUACAGCAUGUCCACCUGGGUCGGGAUAUCGGGCGAUGAAUUCUACGGUGUCGACAAGGGCGGCCCAAACAGCACCCUGGUAAGCAAGGCCUGGAUCAAAGAGAACCUCCAAAUCGGGACCUUGGGUGCCGCAUACCCGGACGUGGCGUUUACCAUGGAAGGAGAUACACCGUCAUUUCUUUAUCUCAUCCAGAAUGGACUGGGGGUGUCGGAGCACCCCGAAUAUGGGUCAUGGGGCGGUCGAUAUCAGUUGGUGACUCCCAAUCAACAUGGGCUAGGUUUCCGACAUUAUGCGGACGUGCAGGACCAGGUGGUGGGUCUUAAUGGUGAUACGUUCAAGUCGAAUAAGGCGACAAUUUGGCGGUGGCGAGAUGCAUAUCAGCAUGAUUUUGCGGCGCGCAUGCGCUGGACGCUGACCGAUGAUGUGACGAAGGCCAAUCACCAUCCUCUUGUGAAAGUUAAUGGGAGUUCGGGCUUGGAGCCGGUCGAUGUUUAUGGGGUUGCUGGCUCGGAGGUUAUUGUAGAUGCUGGCGAGUCAGUAGAUCCGGAUGGGGACGAGUUGACCUUCAACUGGAUUUAUUAUCCUGAGCCCAGUACCCUCAACGGGGCCCCGGAUGUGAACGUUACAACUUUUGGGUCGCGUGGUGAACGUGCCAGGCUGCCGGUUCCGGUUAUCAAUAGGACCUGCGAAGUAGGUAUCGAGCAUUGUGAUCUGUUCCAUUUCAUUCUGGAGGUUAAGGAUUCGGGCUCGCCGCCGUUGACUACCUAUCGUAGGAUCUUGCUGCAUGUUACUAAGUCUGGCUCCCAGUAGCCCCGGGCACACAUUGCUAUACACUAUAGAUGAAUGAUACGAGUUUGAUUGUUCUUUAGCGAGAUGAUAUGCUCGUGAGUGAGUGUAGCAUUGGUAUCGUGU